AUGCAGUUUACUUCUCAUCAGGAUGAGGAAUCCUCUAACAUCAAAUUAAGCAGCGUUAUUGGUGAAGAAAUCCAGUUUAUGAAUGAACAACUCAUUCAAUUCGCUAAACUCCAAAAGCUGAAGAAAGAAGAAGUCUAUAAAACUUCUAAGUUCUCUAUCUUUUCAAAAAGGAUCCUUGAACAAUUCAGUAGUGAUACCACUAUCAAUUACACCUCUAGUGGUAAAUAUAGAUUCAAUAUCCUCAACAACGACAAGGUUGCUCGACGGCGACAGCAGAAUCCUCUUGCACGCUAUAUUCAUAUAGGAAUGGUUCAGAUCAAAAUUACUUCUCUGUUCCGUAAAGGAACUGAUCAACCCAUUCUUACGCUCGUUAUGGAUAAUCGAUUCCAUAAUCCAGUUGAUGCCCUCAUUGGUGGCAUUCAAUCCAAUCUUCUUAACAAUGUAAUAUGGUUUAAAAUCAAACCAAAUUAUUUUGUUUCUCUUCCAGAUCCAAACAUUGAGAAAGUUCUUCAAGUCAAACCUCAACUUUCAAAUCUCAGAAUGGAUUUUGAUUCUCAAAGUCUAAGGAUACAGUGGAAAGUGCUUUACGAGCUUAGUCGUGAACCCGAGACUGCCACCAUUCCUACAAUUGACUCAAAACUAUUCACCUUGUUCAAACUGCGUCCCUUUGACUCUAUAAUUGAACCAAAAUUACUGAAAUGGAUAGAUCUGGAAAUUCCUCGCAACUGGUUAUUCGUAGUUGAACCUACUGUUACCACUAUUCAGGCCUUUGGUUCUAAUCUUUAUAUAACUAAUAAAGAGAAACCACAGCUGCAAAGAUCAACUUCAGCACACAUAUCUAGCAGCCUAUCUAGAUGGGACAAAUUACUUCUCCUACGAGCAUCUAAUGUUCAAACCUCCGACCUCCUACCUCCACGCCGAAGGUUUACAUGGGCAGAGAAAGGCAAAAUGCCCAUUGACGCAUUUUUCCGUCCUGGCUCUAAUCACUCCAGGAAACAAUGUAGUAGAUAA